AUGGGCGAGUACUCGAAAGCACUUUCAUCGUACGAAAGAUCACUUGAAAUCCAAAAAAUAGCUCUCCCUCCAAAUCAUCCUGACUUGGCUACUUCCUACAACAACAUUGGUAGUGUGUAUAUUAACAUGGGCGAGUACUCGAAAGCACUUUCAUCGUACGAAAGAUCACUUGAAAUCCGAAAAAUAGCUCUCCCUCCAAAUCAUCCUGGCUUGGCUGCUUCCUACAACAACAUCGCUAUGGCGUAUUAUGACAUGGGCGAGUACUCCAAAGCACUUUCAUCGUACGAAAGAUCACUUGAAAUCCGAAAAAUAGCUCUGCCUCCAAAUCAUCCUGACUUGGCUGCUUCCUACAACAACAUCGCUGUGGUGUAUUAUAACAGGGGCGAGUACUCGAAAGCACUUUCAUCGUACGAAAGAUCACUUGAAAUCCGAAAAAUAGCUCUCCCUCCGAAUCAUCCUAGCUUGGCUGCUUCCUACAACAACAUUGGUAGUGUGUAUAUUAACAUGGGCGAGUACUCGAAAGCACUUUCAUCGUACGAAAGAUCACUUGGAAUCCAAAAAAUAGCUCUCCCUUCAAAUCAUCCUGACUUGGCUGCUUCCUACAACAACAUUGGUAUUGUGUAUAUUAACAUGGGCGAGUACUCGAAAGCACUUUCAUCGUACGAAAGAUCACUUGAAAUCCGAAAAACAGGUCUCCCUCCGAAUCAUCCUAACUUGGCUGCUUCCUACAACAACAUCGGUUUGGUGUAUUAUAACAAGGGCGAGUACUCGAAAGCACUUUCAUUGUACGAAAGAUCACUUGAAAUCCGAAAAAUAGCUCUCCCUCCAAAUCAUCCCGAUUUAGCUGCUUCCUACAAUAACAUCGGAGAAGUGUAUAGAGACAUGGGCGAGUACUCGAAAGCACUUUCAUCGUACGAAAGAUAA